UAUGAGACUAGACUGUAGCUCGAUGGUUAUUUAUCUAGACAGACAGAUUUUUCUUAGCUCGAUAGGCUCGAUGCUGGCUCGAUAGGCUCGAUAAAUCUAGGUUGUUGAUAUUUCUCGAUGGAACUCGAUAGUUUUUCGAUAGUGUUCGAUAGGGUAUGUUGCAGCUCGAUGAUAGCUCGAUAGAGAUCGAUAGAGCUCGAUGACAACUUAUUUCAGUGUUUUUUUGAAAUUUUUUUUAUUCUGUUUUCUUACAAAUUUUUUUUCAUGUGUUGUUACAGAUGCCUAAGUUGCUUGUUCCGUUCAGUGAUCACUUUCCUGGUCGAGUGACAUAUCGGGGUAGUAGUACUUUAAAUCACAUCAAGACCAGGUUUUUGGAGCUCGGGCUGCUUGAAAGGGCUAAGGAAUCCCCUUUUAAGCAAUUCUUUUUGGCUUCGGAGUUUAAUUUCUCCGGAGUCUUGGUGCAUCAACUGUUGCUGAGGAAAAUCGCCAGCAACAACGAAGAUGAGGUGCAUUUUUUCUUGGGGUCGAAGUCUUGUAGAUUCGGCAUGGGAGAGUUUGCCCUGGUGACGGGGUUGGAUUUCAGUGCCUUCCCGUCACCAGAAGAGUUGGAAGGGCGUAAUCUCAGCGAUCGGUUGAUAAAGGAGUAUUUCAACGAUGCUGAGAAAGUAAAGCUGUCACAGGUGGACCAUGCUUUCAAGACUUGUACGGUUGUGGAAGAUGUGUACAAGCUUGGUCUAUGUCUGUUUGUUGAGGGGGUUCUGAAUGCCAUUGAGGGAAAACUGCACAUUUGGCGAGAUAUUCUAAAAAUUGUUGAGAAUGUAGAGUACUUCUUCAGCUAUCCAUGGGGGAAGUACUCUUAUAAGAGGCUAUUGCAUUCUUGUAAGAAGGACAUGGUGAAGCAAAAUGCCAAGAAGGAUGCCAAGGUGCAGCAAGAGUCCAAAUACAGUAUGUAUGGUUAUGCCCCCGCCUUACAGUACUGGGCAUAUGAGGCUAUCCAACAGCUUGCGGUGGAGCUUGUUGUGAGCUCGGGAAACAUGUUCCCGAGGAUGCUUAGCUGGUCGCAUCGGAGGAACAAGGAUUUCACCAAGUCCGUCAUCGCACCGAUAUUAUUGAAGAAGAAUUUAAUUGUUCUUCCGAUGUUGAAGCCUCGGCCAGCAGAAAAAGACUAUUACUUGUCUUUGACUGAGGGAGAUCUUCCCCUUUAUCCUGGGCUUGGCCAGGAUCCCUCGGAGACUGAUGAGGAGGAGGAUGCGACUUUUGAGAAAAUGGCAGAGAAAGUUUCUCAGGCUGCCGAGGCAGCCAAGAUAUUUGUUGAUGCUGCCCCGGGGGAGGAGGUUGCAGGUCCCACCCCUCCUAUUCCCCCAGCCUCAGCCACAGCCUCAACCUGUGCCCCAACAUCAGCCCCAGCCUCAGCCCCAGCAUCAACCUGUGCCCCAACAUCAGCCCCAGCCUCAGUGCCAGCCCCAACACCAACCCCACCACCAGCCUCAGCCUCAGCCCCUGAGCUGGCCGACUUGAUUGAGCGGUUGGACAGAGUCGAGGGUCGACAGGAGACCCUCUUGAAGAACCAGUCAGUGAUCUUGGACGUACUCAGUCAAAUCCUGACAUUUGUUAAGGAGAAACCGAGGGGGUCCAAUGAAGAUUCAGAGUCAGAGUCAUUGGAUCUUCCGCUAGACUAUGUUGAUGAUCCAACGACGCCCCCUACCAUCAUUGUGACACCAGAUGCUGAGACUCCGGGAGUCGUUAUUGUCAACCCUGAGGAUGUUGCUGGGGUUCAGUUUCAGAGGGCUAGACGCCAAAGACGCAAGCCAGAUUGGUUUGAGGACUAUACGGAUCCCACGAGGAAAAGACCUCGCACUGCUGCAGCUGCACCAGCAGACGAGGCUACACAAGAGGCUACACAUGUGCUGGACCCUCUCAAGAAGCCAGAUCCCAAACAGUAUAGGACAAUGUGCAAGUGGCUUCUUGGAGACAUGCCCAACAAGACCCCGCGGGAUGUAAAGACUGGGAGUCACGAUCCAGCAUGGUUUCUGACGUUGAAGACACCCCAGUCAUUUUUGAAAUCCUCAUUUGCUUCGGUCCCAAGGUCAUUGAUGAUGGUUAUAGCUUCAUUUCGAUAA